AUGAGUGUGGCUCUGUUGCACUGGACGCUGUGGUUUGGAUUAUCGGCCACUGUCUAUGGAUUAGACAAUGGGCUGGCUCUCAAACCUCCAAUGGGUUGGAUGACAUGGCAACGGUACAGAUGUCAAAUUGACUGCAGUGCGUAUCCCCGUGAUUGCAUCAGUGACAGUCUGAUCAGGCGAAACGCAAAACGCCUGGUCGAAGACGGAUUCCGUGAGGUCGGUUAUGAGUACGUGAUCAUUGAUGACUGCUGGCCGAUGAAAUUUCGCGAUAGGCAUACAUCCGAGCUUGUACCGGAUCCCCAGCGAUUUCCCUCGGGUAUGAAAGCGAUCGCGGAUUUUCUCCAUGAAAACAAUCUGAAGUUCGGUAUUUAUCUGGAUUACGGCACGUUCACAUGUGAACAUUAUCCGGGAAGCAUGGAUUAUUUGGAGUUGGAUGCCAAAACGGUUGCCAAGUUCGAAGCAGAUUAUGUGAAAAUGGACGGUUGCUUUGCACCGCUGGACAAAAUGGCACCGGGUUAUGAGGAAUUCGCCAAACAGUUGAACAAAACCGGUCGCCCCAUUCUGUUCUCCUGCAGCUAUCCGGCUUAUAUCGGUUGGCAGAUGAAUCAUUCACUGAUUGACUGGCAACAAUUACAAAAAAACUGUAAUAUGUGGCGCAUGCUGUUCGAUGUAGACGACCGAUGGGACAAUGUGCAAUUGAUCAUCAAUAAGUAUGUUGAACAAUCCGAGUUGCUUGCUCCCCUAGCCGGUCCCGGGCAUUGGAACGAUCCGGACAUGUUGGUGCUGGGUAAUUUCGGACUGUCACGUGAUCAGGAGCGAGUCCAGAUGGGAUUGUGGUGCAUGUUCGCUGCACCGCUGAUUAUGUCUACUGAAAUGGAUGAACUGAAUGAAGAGUCGGCUAAACUGUUAAAGAACAAAAUGCUGAUCUCGAUUGAUCAGGACGAAGGAGGACAUCAAGCCAAGUUCUUGGGUCGAAAAGGGUCGGUACAGCUCUGGAUGCGUCCGCUCACGAGUAUUCCAAAUAGUUGGGCUAUUGCUUUGUUUAACACUAAACAAGGCGGAGGGCCUAUACAUCUUCCAAUUACGCUCAAGGAAAUGGGAAUUCCCAGUUCGAAUCCGGACACGGACCUCUUCGAGUUGAUUGACGUAUUCACUGAGGAUGAUUUCGGUGUGCUGCUCCAAACGGAAAGUGUUAUUAUGCGCAUUAAUCCGACGGGCAUUGUGAUGUAUCUUGUCAAGUUACGAGCUGGGUGA